AUGCCCGCAAGAGGCGAAGAGCUUCGCGUUUUGAGAUGGGCAGACACAGCGGCUGUGCAGCGCAACGUCUUCAUUUGCCAAAGCCAAAUCAUGCUAGUCUUUUCGUACAACAAGGCUAGUCAGAACUCAAACAAUUCGUUUUUCAUUGUUCGGGUUCCUUGCUCGGCUAUCGAGAGAUGCUUGUUUCUCUACCUAGCCUACAUCAGGCCAUUCAGCGACUUUCUCAGCCGUCAACUGAAGCUCGUCAACGCGACUGCUCCAACCAACCCACAUCUGUUCACUGUUUACGAUAGUCCGUCGGCAUGCUUUAGUCCUGCAUCUUGCUCAAAGACCCUGCAGCAGUCUACUACAGAGUGCCCGAUACAGCUCUCCUUCAAGAUCUAUCGGCAGGUGGCGGUAGCUGUCAGCAAAAAGCAUCUUCCUAGCCUUGUGCAGCCUUUCGACCCCAACGCUCCAAAAGACUACGAUGGCUUCCUACGACUUCUCUCCUUCCAGACAGGUCACAAUCCAUCAACCCAUGCUGGCGCAUAUGCUCUCGACCGUGCGUACCCGGCUAAGCUGCAACCUGAGCUUGUAGAGCGGUACUUCCAGAACAGCCGUGUGUGGCACCGAUUCCUCGCUGUUACUGAAGAAGAUCCAAUUACUGUAGACGUUGACUCCGACGUAGGAAACUCGUCAUCCAAACCUGCUCUCAGCGCACCUGGCUACCAUCCGGAUGAUGCUGGGAUGUUAUCACCGGAGGUGAUCGACGAAGUGGAAGUGUCCUCUGCCGAUGAUACAAUCCGGCAAACUUCAUCUGUCAAAGAAGGCAAACAACGAAGUAAGCGAAAACACAGGCAAGAAAGCAUUAGUCCGACUCAAAGGAAGAUUGAUGCCUUGCGCGCAGACCUGCUCAAGCUUGAGCAGGAAUACAAGAAACGGAGGCUGUGUAAAAGCGCUUGCUACCGGAGUAAGCAGAGUGGGCGCAACAUCAGAGACUGUAGCCACACGUCCUUGGUUGUCCAGGCACGCCGCUCUGGCCGCAACAGAGGGGCACGAGAAGCUGCUGAACAAGCAAGAAGAGCAGUACGCAGUAACAAAGCCGCGAGCAACGAUAGCAGCAGCAGCGAGGUCAUGUACAUAGUGCACGUGGGGAUGCCGUGGAGCAUGAUCGACUACGCGCAGGAGAGCCGGCGAGGCGGACGAGCCGGCGAGAGGGUGGACUCGGUGGUGCUGGUGGAAAAGGGCGAGGUGGAGCAGACGAUGAAGCAGAAGAGCGGCGACUUGGACAUGCAGGCGAUGGGCGUGUUCAUCAUCGGCAGCGGGUGUCGACGAGGGCUGAUGAGCGGCUACUUGGACGGCAAGCGGGUGGAGUGCAACGACCUGGAGACGGCUAGGUGCAACCGGUACGGAGAGGGGGCUCGGGGGUGGGAGGACGAGCAGAGGGAGGCAAGCACGGAGUGGCAGCAGGUGCAGGAGGUGCUGGACGAGGUGCGGGAAGGGUGCGCGGUGUACUGGUUGAUCGGGGCCGAGCUAGAGGCAGGAGAGUGGCAGAGACACACGGCAAGGGAUUGCACUGCGCACGCCAGGCUGACGGGGAGAGAGCUGGAUGCGUUUCGAUGGGGCGUGUGGGACCGUGGGGGGAGUCACAGCUGCCGGCGGGGAGAAACGAAGAAAAGUAAGAGGGAGAAAGAAGAUGGUGUAAGAUAGGAAGAGAGACAGGUAGAGAGCAGCAAGAAAAGG